GGGAACCGAUGAAGGCAGAGGGGAAACAGGAGGCACAAAAAUGCCACUUCCACGGAUCGUGCCCUCGGCACUUUGGUUGGUGCUGCAGCUCACAGCAGGACCCUGCAGGAAGGGGCCGGUGAGCGCCAGCAGAGCCUCAGAGGUCUGUGACAGAGGGAAGGUGACAGCCAGCCCCUGCUGUGCCAUCCCUGGUGGCACCAAGGUCACCCUGUCCUGCCAGCUGGCAGCCCCACGGCGCUGGUGCUGGGCAGCGAUUUUCCUCAACAGCUCCGAGCAAAUCCGAGCCCAGGGGGGCUCGGUGAGCAAAACCUUCCUGGUGACUGCCCACGGCAGGCACAACUUCACCUGCAGGUGCAUCUGUGGGGACAGGAGAAAACUCAUCUGCGGCAUCGAUAUCCAGUGUGGGAGUCCUCCAGAUAAGCCCAGGAACGUGUCCUGCAUCCAGAAGGGGACACGGGGACAUCCCACCUGCACCUGGCACAAAGGCAGGCUCACCUACCUGCACACUGCCUACGGGAUAGAGCUCUCCAACGGGACCGAUGUCUUUUCCUUUCCAGAAGAAACUCCCGGCCAGGUUUUCGGCUCUGGGGCUCUGAGCAGCCUGGAUUUUGACUCCAAUUACACCGUGGUGGUUUCUGCCUCCAACCAGCUGGGAAAUGCCUCUUCCCAGCCGCUCACCUUCAUGCUGAUAGACAUAGUGAAGCCGCACCCUCCCGAAUUUUCGGUGGAAUUCGAUGACUCCUCUGCCACCAGCUGCACCAUUCAGCGGCACCGCGGGGCACAGGCACAGCACUGCAGGCUGAGGUAUCGUCCCCUCGGCAGGCACGGCUGGAGCACGGUGGAGAGCCCCAGCAGGGAGAAACACCAUCUGCAGGGGCUGGAGCCCGACACAGCCCACGAGUUCCAGCUGAGCUGCAGGAUGCUGCCCGGCCGAGGGCUCUGGAGCGACUGGAGCAGCAGCCAGGGCAGCACCCCAGCCGCAGUGCCAACGGGAACCCUGGAUGUCUGGUACCGGCAGCAGGAGCUGGACUCGGGGCACCAGAACCUCUCCCUGUUCUGGAAGGCGCUGAGCCGCUCCGAGGCAGGGGGGACAAUCCUGGGCUACACCGUCACCUUGGAAGCGCUGGAGCAGGGGAAGCUCCGGGCACAAUCCCACCGGACCACGCAGACCAGCUUCUCCAGGGUCACCCCCAGGGCGGCCCACAGGGUCACGGUGACCGCGCACAACGCGCGGGGCAGCUCCAGCCCUGCGGCCCUGCUGACACACCUGGGCAGCCCAGAUCUGCCCCCUCCCCAGCGGGUCUCUGCCGUGGGCCUGGGUAACAGCAGCAUCCUGGUGAGCUGGAGCCCCCCUGCCGCAGGCGCCGUGCCCCUGGGGGGCUACCUGGUGGAGUGGGCAGAGCCCUGGAGGGAGCCACGCCUGCAGCCCCAGCACGGCUGGGUGAAGCUGCCCCCGUCCCUCCUGUCCACUGUGAUAGCAGAGCACAUCAGGGACAACGUCUGCUAUCAGAUCCACGUGUCUGCACUUUAUCAGGACAGAGCUGGGCAGGCUGCAUCAGUCAGGGGAAACUCCACAGCCCAAGCCCCAUCAGCUGGGCCCCAGAUGUUCACAACCCCCUGGGCCAGUGGUGUGCUGGUUUCCUGGGAGGAGAUCCCAGCCCCCCAGCAGCGGGGCUGCAUCACUGGGUACCACAUCUACCUGCUCAGGAAGGAUGGGCAGGCCCAGCCCCAGCUCCAUGCCGUUCCCGCCGGGAAGGCUCCUCGCUGGCUGCACCUCGCUCACCUGGAGCCCGGCGAGCCCCACGAGCUCUGGAUGACAGCGGCGACCGCGGCCGGGGAGGGGCCCCGGGGCAACAGCGACAGCGUCUGCCUGGAGAGUGCUGGGGGCUGGCUGACUCUGGUGCUCGUCGGCAGCUUCUUCGUCCUCUCAGCCUGCCUUUGUUCCGUGCCUCCAGCAAGGAGAGUGUUCCUGUCCCUCCUCCUGCCGCAGUGGCAGAGCAAAGCCAUUCCCGACCCUGCCAACGCCACGUGGGCCAAGAGCUUAGCGGCUGCCAAGGCGGAGCUGAGCGCUCCCUUCAGCCCCUUCCUGCCCGGCGGCUUCGAGGAGCCCGAAACCAGCCCGGUGGAGGAAACCCCGGCUCACGCCGAGCCCCCCAAACCCGGGGACAAGCCGGUGGUGGGCAGCGGGAUGCACGGAGACCGGGCACGGGAGAGCUCGGAGGAGCAGCAGCAGCUCCCGGAGCUGUACCAGAGGCUGGUGGCGGAGGCGAUGGAGCCCGAUGGAGCCCCCGGAGCCGUAAUCCCCCCGGCCGAGUACAUCUCCAGCCCCGGCAGCCUGGCCCCCGAGCCCGAGCCUGCCCCCGAGCCCAGCGCCCUCUCGGUCUUCCCAAGCGCAUUCCUGCCUCCCGCCCUCUGCUGCCAAGGGAGCCUGACUCUGGAUCGAGUGAAACUCAGCGGCAGCUCCUUCCCGAGGUAG